AUGGCCAGGAACUGCUCCGAGUGCAAGGAGAAGAGGGCAGCACACAUCCUCUGCACCUACUGCAACCGCUGGCUGUGCAGCUCCUGCACGGAGGAGCACCGGCACGGCCCAGCCCCCGGGGGCCCUCUCUUUCCCCGGGCCCAGAAGGGCCCGCCAGGAGUGACUGGUGGUUCUGGGGACUUCGCCUUGUACUGUCCUCUACACACACAAGAAGUGCUCAAGCUAUUCUGUGAGACUUGUGAUGUUCUAACAUGCCAUAGCUGCCUCAUGGUGGAACACAAAGAACAUAGGUGUAGACAUCUUGAAGAAGUUUUGCAAAACCAGAGGAUGCUUCUGGAAAGUGUGACUACACAGGUGGCUCAUAAGAAAUCUAAUCUACAGACCUCUGCAAAGCAAAUUGAGGACAGGAUUUUUGAAGUGAAGCAUCAACACAGGAAGGUGGAAAACCAGAUCAAAAUGGCCAAGAUGGUUCUGAUGAAUGAGCUGAACAAACAGGCCAAUGGGCUCAUAGAGGAGUUGGAGGGCAUUACUAAUGAGAGAAAGCGGAAGCUGGAGCAACAGCUACAGAGCAUCAUGGUUCUCAACCGCCAGUUUGAACAUGUGCAGAACUUCAUCAAUUGGGCUGUCUGCAGCAAAACCAGUGUCCCUUUCCUGUUCAGCAAAGAGCUGAUUGUGUUUCAGAUGCAGCGAUUGCUGGAGACAAACUGUAACACAGAUCCUGGCUCCCCUUGGAGUAUCAGAUUCACCUGGGAGCCUAACUUCUGGACCAAGCAACUGGCUUCCCUUGGCUGUAUAACUACUGAAGGUGGACAUCUGUCCCGGGCAGAGACUCCUGCUUAUGGAGGCUUACAGGGACCACCAUCCUUUUAUCAAAGCCAUCAGUCCCCAGUGGCACAGCAAGAGACUCUCAGCCACCCCUCACAUAAGUUCCAGUCUCCAGCACUGUGUUCGUCAUCUGUGUGCUGCUCCCACUGCUCCCCAGUCUCGCCCUCCCUCAAAGGUCAGGUCCCCCCACCCGGGAUACACUCAGCUCACAGCUUCAGGCAACCCUCUGAGAUGGCACCCCAACAACUGGGGUCUCUGCAGUGCCCUGCCCUGCUGCCCAGGGAGAAAGAGCUGGCUUGUAAUCCUCAGCCACCAAAACUGAUGCAGCCCUGGCUGGAAACGCAGCCCCCCGUGGAGCAGGAGAACUCGUCUCAGCGGCCGGGGCAGCAGCUGACUUCCCAGCCAGUGUGCAUCGUGCCCCCGCAGGAUGUUCAGCAAGGAGCCCAUGCCCAGCCCCCCUUACAGACCCCCUCCAUUCAAGUCCAGUUUGGCCACCACCAGAAGCUGAAGCUCAGCCACUUUCAGCAGCAGCCACAGCAGCAGCUGCCACCUCUGCCACCUCCGCCGCCCCCACCCCAGCAGCCGCCGCCGCCACCUCUACCUCCAUCCCAGCACCUGGCUUCUAGUCAGCAUGGAAGCCCGCCUGGGCCUGCCUGCUCCCAGAACAUGGAUAUAAUGCACCACAAAUUUGAGCUGGAGGAGAUGCAGAAGGACCUGGAGCUUCUCCUUCAGGCUCAGCAGCCCAGCCUGCAGCUGAAUCAGACCAAAUCUCCUCAGCACCUUCAGCAAACCAUUGUGGGGCAGAUCAACUACAUUGUGAGGCAGCCAGCACCCAUCCAGUCCCAGAGCCAGGAGGAUGCCGUGCAGGCUUCAGAUGAGCCCCCAGCAUCUGAAGGUCCAAAGCCGGCUCUCCCUCUUGACAAGAAUACUGCUGCUAACUUGCCCCAGGCGUCUGGGGAAGAAACCCCUCCCAGUGUCCCCCCACUGGACAACACCAUCCAGCACUCCUCUCCAAAUGUGGUGAGAAAGCACUCCACUUCGGUGAGCAUCAUGGGCUUUUCCAACACACUGGAGAUGGAGCUGUCAUCUACCAGGCUGGCAAGGACUCUAGAACCACAGAUCCAGAGCGUGAGCAGCCUGCCUGCCGCCCCUUCCCACAUGGUACCAAGCCUGCUGAGCAGCACCCCCACAACUGUGUCCAGCCUGAUGAGCAGUCAAAACCAGGCUAUGCCCAGCCUGACAGUGGGUCAUCUGUCGACCAUACCCAGCCUUGUGCGCGGCACACCCCAGUCCGUGCCCAGCCUGAUGAGUGAUUCCUCCCAGGCCAUCACAAGCCUAGCAAGUGAUCAGUCACAGGCCAGGCCCAACCUGAUGUCUGGUCCCACCCAGGCUAUGCCAAGUCUGGCGACUUGUCCUCUGCAGAGCAUGCCUCCAGCUUCUGACGUGCAACCAGAAACUGGAUCCAGCUGCAGUCCUGGCUCUGGGCGAGCUGUAGGGAGCCUGUGCCCUGGAGAUGGGGCUGACCCCUCUCUCGGGAAUGCCCUGUGUAAGGUAAAACUAGAGGAGCCAAUUAACCUCUCUGUGAAGAAACCCCCACUGGUCCCAGUGAUCAACACGUCCGUGGCUCUGCAACAGUACCAGAACCCAAAAGAGUAUGAGAAUUUUAAACAAGGAGCCCUGGAAUUGGAUGCAAAAGGGAACCAGAGUAUCAGGCCCUUCAACAGCGAGCCUAAGAUUCCCUAUGUGCGACUGGAGCGGCUCAAGAUCUGUGCUGCCUCCUCGGGAGAGAUGCCUGUGUUCAAGUUGAAGCCCCAGAAGAAUGAGCAGGAUGGGAGCUUCCUGCUGAUCAUCGAGUGUGGCACUGAGUCCUCCAGCAUGUCUAUUAAGGUCAGCCAGAACAACAUGCCUGAUGCCAUCCAGGCCCCAAGUCUGGGGGGAAGAAAGGUCACUGUCACUUCUCUGGCGGGGCAGCAGCCACCAGAGGGGGAGGGUGCAUCUCCUGAAGAACAAAGACUCAUUCCUCGGACCCCUGGAGCCAAGAAGGGGCCCCCGGUACCAAUAGAGAAUGAGGACUUCUGCGCUGUGUGCCUCAAUGGGGGAGAGUUGCUGUGCUGCGAUCGCUGCCCCAAAGUGUUCCACCUUUCCUGCCACUUGCCGGCCCUGCUCAGCUUCCCCGGGGGAGACUGGGUAUGUACCUUGUGCCGCAGCCUGACCCAGCCCGAGAUGGAGUACGACUGUGAGAAUGCCCGCUAUAAUCAGCCUGGAAUGCGGGCCACUCCUGGCCUGAGCAUCUAUGACCAGAAGAAGUGUGAAAAGCUGGUACUGUCCUUGUGCUGCCAUAGCCUCAGCCUGCCCUUCCAUGAACCUGUCAGCCCGCUGGCUCGGCAUUACUACCAGAUUAUCAAGAGGCCCAUGGACCUGUCAAUCAUUCGGAGGAAGCUGCAAAAGAAGGACCCAGCUCACUACACCACCCCAGAGGAGGUGGUGUCAGACGUCCGCCUCAUGUUCUGGAACUGUGCGAAGUUCAAUUAUCCCGACUCAGAGGUUGCAGAGGCCGGCCGCUGCCUGGAAGUGUUCUUUGAGGGCUGGUUGAAGGAGAUCUACCCGGAGAAACGGUUUGCCCAGCCAAGGCAGGAGGACUCAGACUCCGAAGAGGUGUCAAGCGAGAGUGGGUAUUCCACUCCGCAGGGUUUCCCAUGGCCCCCCUACAUGCAGGAGGGCAUCCAACCCAAGAGGCGGCGGCGACAUAUGGAGAAUGAAAGAGCAAAAAGAAUGUCGUUCCGCCUGGCCAGCAGCAUCUCCCAGGUGUGA